UGGUCAUGAAUAGGAUUGUUGUCAUCUAUUGCAGCUGAGAUGGAUAUGAACAAGGGCAAGGGUGAAGCGGCUGGCAAAGGAGUGGAGGAAUUAGCCAUGAAGAUAUUGAAGAAGCUCAUUGAACCCAUCCACAAGGAUAAACUUCUGGACAUCUUGCAGCAUGCCGCCUCUCGACACAUAUAUGUACUCGAAGAUAUUCGCAAACCUGCUGAUAAGUACCACAAGAUUUUUGUGAGUGGUCUAUGUCCCGACACCACACUGGAAACCCUCCACGACGUAUUCUCACCAUUUGGAGAAUUUGAGGAAGCAGAAUUUCCAGUGGACAAGAGAACUGGACAAAGCCGCGGCUUUGCAUUUAUCACAUUCAAGCACAUGGAAUGCGCUAAACGAGCUCUGAAAGAACACAGCAAAAAUAUCGAAGAAUUGAUGGCAUUUGCCAACUUGAAGCUGCUCGG